AUGUCGAAUUUACGUGCUCUUGACGAUGAAGAAGUGGAUAAAGAAAUGAAGAAAAUGGUUACUUUUAUCGAACAAGAAGCUAUUGAGAAAGCUCGUGAGAUAAAAGUAAAAGCCGAUGAAGAGUUCAAUAUUGAAAAGGCUAAACUUGUUCGCCAAGAGUCGAUCAACAUCGAAGCAACAUUUCAAAGAAAGAUCAAACAAGCAGAAGUUCAAAAAAAAAUCACUCAAUCAAACAUAAUCAAUAAAUCUCGUCUUAAAUUACUACAAGCGCGUCAACAAUUGCUUAACGAAGUAUUUAAUGAAACGAGAAAUCAACUUUCUAACGUAUCAAAAGAUCAAACCAAAUAUGGUGAACUUUUAAAAAAUUUGAUAUUACAAGGAUUAUUUCAACUUAUGGAUGAUCAAGUUAAAGUUAUUGUGAGAAAAAAGGAUCAGGAUUUAGCCACGAAAGCCAUUCAAGCUGCUUCUAACAGCUAUAAAGAAUCCACCAAGAAAAAGAUUGAAGUUGAACUUGAUAAGGAAAGCAAUUUAUCUGAUGAUUGUACUGGUGGUGUUAUUUUGACAUCACAUUUUGGUCGUAUAAGAAUUAAUAAUACUCUUGAAGAAAGAUUACUCUUGUCUCAAGAAGAGUUGCUUCCCGAAAUUCGAGUUAUACUCUUUGUGUAA